UGGGACCUAAUUUGGGUCUUCUACGUGGCAGCAGCAGGAAGAUGAUUUUCUGGAAAGGCGAUUUCUUGCUAAAAACCAAAGUAUGUUUAAUCACAGUGCGGUGUUUUCUUUAGAUUUUACGAAAACGUAGCUGGGUAAGCCGACAACUAAUUGUUUGCUUUCCGAAACCGACUCGUCGAGAUGGCGGGUUGGGCAGGAUUCUCAGAGGAAGAACUUCGGAAAAUUCAGCAGAAAGAUAAUUUUGUUCCUGUCAGUGGCAGAGGCCGAAGGCCACCUCAAGUCAACAGAAAUCGUCAACAGUUGCAGCGUGACAGGGCUCUACAACAAAUUAUUCCCAAAGAUGGCAAUUCCGGCAUUCUGCCAGAGCAACAACUGUUCAAGGAAAAGACACAACCCUCACUUAGAGCUGCACCAACGCCUUCUCCUGUGCAAACAAAGGAGGUUCAGAAAAUUGAAUGUCAAAACCAUGAAAUUGAAAGCGUUGGACAUUCUCAGGCACCUGGUUUGCCACUGGAGAAACCCACUGAAAUAUAUGUACCCGGAGAAGAGUUAGACCAGCAGCAAGUGGAAUUGAAGGAAAAAACGAGGCUGGAACUUCUUCAGCAAGAACAACGAUUAAUGGAAGAGAAGAAUAAAAGAAAAAAAGCUCUUCUUGCGAAAGCAAUUGCUGAAAGAUCCAAGCAGACACAGGCGGAAGCAGUGAAACUAAAAAAGAUUCAGAAGGAGUUACAAACGCUGGAUGACCUUGUAUCCAACGACAUUGGUAUUCUUCGCAGUCGUAUAGAGCAAGCCAGCUGGGAAUACUCCCUUGCCAGAAAAAGGUAUGAGAAGGCAGAGGUAGAAUAUGUGACAUCAAAGUUAGAGCUGCACAAGAAGUGUGAUAUUAAAGAACAGCUGACGGAACAUCUUUGUACCAUCAUUCAACAGAAUGAGCUCCGAAAAGCAAAGAAACUUGAGGAACUAAUGAUGCAGCUAGAGCUAGAAGCUGAUGAAGAGCGACUGGAGCUAGAGAUUGAGGUGGAAAGACUUUUGAAUGAGCAGGAUGCCAAGUCUAAGAGUAUUGUAGAAACAAAUGAGCAAGUGCAUAGUGAGGAAACCAAAAAGGACACUUUGACAGGUGAACAGGUCAUCAUAGCUACGGACAGCAGUCAAGGAGAAGGAAAUAUCAAUGGUAAAAGCGAGCACGACGCACAAUCCUUAAAAAGCAAUGUACAGCUUAAGGAACAGAUUAUUGUGGGAUGAUUGCUUUUCUUGUGAUAUGCAUGAAAAGGGUGCUGAACUCCUUUAUCCUAUUGUUAUAGUUGCAUUAUUAAUUGUGUACAGUAUUUUAAGAUCAUAGAAUAUAUAACUUGAAAUCAUAUAUUAAAAUUUGUUGAUACAAACUAUCAGGCUAGAGUUUAAUUAAAAGUAAAUAUUUCCUUAAGGUGUUUAAACCAUUUUAAAGCUUGAGAAUGCACUGUUUCAGUUCAUAUUAUACAUUGUUUUCCAUCCAUUUUUAAAAUGUAUUCAAGACUAAGCAUGUUUACCACAACUUGACUUGAUUAGCAGGGUUUGUAAUGGAAAGUGUGUAUCCAUUACAUUUUUUUUUUUUAUCUAGAUAGCAGUGAUGAGCAAAUGUUUUGUAUACGGUUUUUUUGGAUCUGAACCUAAAAUUCACUUCUUAUACAAUUCUGUAAUCGUGAAACUGUCUUGGGGUUCUUAAAGGAUUUUAGGGUGAAAAGCAAAUAAUGCUGCUCACCUAAGGUUUGGCAACAACUAAAUUAGUGUCUUUUAAACAUUGGACUUGGCUAAAACUGCCCCAGCAGUUGCACAAAAGUGUAAUACAGCAAGGCAGUGCUAUUGUAAUCAACUGU